AUGUUCGCACGCACUUCCCUCCGCACCGCAACCCGCGCAUUCUCGACCUCGGCACCGAGGGCGUACGCCGCGCAGGGAGCCGCUCCCUCGGGUUACGUUCCUAACACCAACGCAGACGGCACCUACAACGUCACCCUCAUCCCCGGCGACGGAAUCGGUCCCGAGAUCUCGCGCUCCGUCAAAGAGAUCUACGACGCCGCCAAGGUCCCCAUCAAGUGGGAGGAAGUCUCGGUCACCCCCAUCCUCGUCGACGGCGUAUCGACCAUCCCCGCCGACGCCAUCGCCUCGAUCAAGAAGAACACCAUCGCUCUCAAGGGCCCCCUUGCUACUCCCAUCGGAAAGGGCCACGUCUCGCUCAACUUGACCCUCCGCCGCACCUUCAACCUCUACGCCAACGUCCGUCCGUGCCGCUCCAUCGAGGGGUACAAGACCGCGUACGACAACGUCGACACUGUCCUCAUCCGCGAAAACACCGAGGGCGAGUACUCGGGCAUCGAGCACGAGGUCGUCGAUGGCGUUGUCCAGUCUAUCAAGCUCAUCACCCACAACGCGAGUUCGCGUGUCGCGAGGUACGCGUUCGAGUAUGCCAGGGCCAACAAGAGGCCUCACGUCACGGCCGUCCACAAGGCGCCCAUCAUGAAGAUGUCGGACGGCAUGUUCCUCCGCGCAUGCCGCGAACUCGCCCCCGAGUACCCGGACAUCAAGUACGACGAAGACCUCCUCGACCGCGUCUGCCUCCGCAUCGUCCAGAACCCCGCGCCUUACUCCGACAGGGUCAUGGUUAUGCCUAACCUCUACGGAGACAUCCUCUCCGACAUGUGCGCGGGCUUGAUCGGCGGUCUCGGUCUCACCCCCUCUGGAAACAUCGGCAAGGACGCUUCGAUCUUUGAGGCUGUGCAUGGGUCGGCGCCUGACAUUGAGGGCAAGAACCUCGCAAACCCUACCGCCCUCCUCCUCUCCUCCCUCAUGAUGCUCCGGCACAUGCAGUUGACCGACAAGGCUGACUUGAUUGAAAAGGCGGUGCUCAGUACCAUCGCCGAAGGAACCCGCACGCGCGACCUCGGCGGCAAGGCCUCGACGCAGCAGUUCACGGACGAGAUCCUCAAGAAGCUUUAA